AUGCUUUCCACGGCCAACCUGAAGCCAGCGCUGAUAAUUACAGAGAAGCAGAUCCUGCCGCCGGAUGCCCCACACGGCUAUGUAAACCGGAAAGGGAAGAAGCAGGCGAGACUCGGAGACUCGGAUGCCAUUCCUUGCGGGCGCCCGAUCCGCCCCUCUGCGUUGCCGCCGGACCACACACUUGCGCUCGCUUAUGCUAAGGCCGGCCCGAAAGUCCCUAUAAGGCGACCAAGACGCCGCCUGCAGCCCCGUGCAGCCAGCACCGCCACAUGUUCGCCCGAGAGAGCAGGAGAGCUCGGACGACUCCGCCCGCCGCCCCGCAUGCCACCGCGCCACCCGCCGCCGCGUAGCUCGCCACGCCCUCCCACCCGCGCCAGCCCACGCCCGCCGUCCACGCACGCGGGGGCCUCAAGCACGCCAUCUGUUUCGUCCGGGGCACUCCGGCGCGAGACCGGCGCCUCAGGAGGGUCCUGUCGAGCUCACGGCUGCGGGCGCCGCCCAAUCACACCCGCCUUUCGGCCGCUGCCGCAAUUCUGCCCUCGCGCCCGCGUCGCCGCCCGAAUCACGCCCCAAUGGCCGCCAUCUUGCUCCGUUUCUCUCUUUGGGCUUCGCAAGCAAACGCCCAGCCUCGUCCAGGGCUGGGGUCAGGGUCAAGGUUACCACUUUUUGUUAUGA